CCACUUGCUGCUGCUGUCUGCCAUGGCCUUUCUACGAACGCUCCAUACGCUUCAUUCCAUUUCACGACACACUCGGAGGCAGUUCUACCAAAAGUCUCUAUUCCCUGCUCAAGCGCUUCAAGCCCGAAACCACACCAUGCCCUUGACACGCUCCACCGAUCCCCUGGUGUGGAUCGACUGCGAGAUGACCGGCCUGGACCCGGAAACCGAUCACAUCCUCCAGAUCUGCUGCUACAUCACCGACGCCGACCUGAAGCUUUUGGAGCCGCAGGGAUUCGAAACCGUCAUCCACCAGCCGCCCGCCACGCUGGCGUCCAUGAACGAGUGGUGUAUCGAAACCCACAGUCGCACCGGGUUGACGGCCGCGGUGCAGGCUUCGACCGUCAGUGCGGAGUCGGCAGCCGCUGCGUUGUUGGCGUACAUUCAACGGUAUGUGCCGCAGCCGCGGACGGGGCUGUUGGCGGGCAACAGCGUGCAUGCGGACAAGGCGUUUCUGGCCAAGGGCCCGUACCGGAACGUGUUGGAGUGGUUACAUUAUCGGAUUGUCGAUGUGAGCGCCCUGAAGGAAAUGGCGCGGCGGUGGGGGUCGGAUGAAUUGUUAGCGGCGGUGCCGGCGAAGAAGGAGGUGCAUCUGGCUCGGGAGGACAUUCUGGAAAGCAUCGCGGAGAUGCGCUUCUAUCGGGACCGGCUAUUUAGAUAGCCUCUGGUAGCUUAGUAGCUCGACGACUAGUACUCGACAGACCAGCUACUAGUAAAAGGGGGAGGUCUGUGGGUUGGGAC